AUGCCAGUCAGUUCCGAUGUUGUUCUUGACCCCGAUGGCGAAAUUACCGCUUCGAUCCCCUCUACGAAUCGCAAACCCGAGCUAGUGACGGCAAUUGGUACCAUCCGUCCGUUAUUCCGGCCUGCAAGGGGCAUUUCGAUCGAUUUGGGCGAGGCGUACCAUACCGACCAGAGGGGUGUGGGUGGGGCAUCGGCAACACUGGCCAAAAUUCUGUCUGAAGACGGGAGUAAUGAGCACUACCCAAACGCCUGA